GGAGAGAAUAAAACCCUUGCAGCAGCUUUCAGUGCUCACAUCUAUUGCUGGCAGUCACCAUGAUAGGGACAAUGAGGCUCUUACUGCUCCUCCCCACGCUCAUGUUGGCAGUUGAUUCAAUGACAACAAGAAAAAAUGCCCUUCAUAAUUUUCUGAAGACUUCCGGACAUGUAUUGAUUAAAAAGUCUCUGCAGCAAAAGUCAAAAAGAAUGGACAACAUUGAACAAUGCGCGAAGCGAUGUAUGAAAUACAAAGGAUUUGUUUGCAGGGCCUUUUAUUUUGGUAAAAGUGAGAAGCGGUGUCACUGGCUAUCGUUUAACAGCAAAACGAAAGGGGUGAAAGGAAAACUGGACGAAGCAUUUGAUCUUUACGAGAGAAAAGAUUACAUUAGAGAAUGUAUUAUUGGAAAAGGUAAAAACUACAGGGGUACAAAAUCAGUGACAGAAAGUGGUCACACCUGUCAACACUGGAAUUCAACAAUCCCACAUGACCACAGGUUUUUGCCUUCAAACAAUCACAAUAAAAACCUAAAAGAGAAUUACUGCAGGAAUCCAACAGGUGAUGACGGAGGUCCGUGGUGUUUCACUGUGCAUCCAAGGAUCCGGCUGGAGAGCUGUGCUAUUCCGCAAUGUUCAGAAGUUGAAUGCAUGACAUGUAAUGGAGAAACCUACCGGGGACCCAUGGACCACACAGAAUCUGGAAAGGAAUGUCAGCGCUGGGACCUUCAGAUGCCUCACAAACACAGAUUUAAUCCCGAACGAUUUCCAGAUAAAGGGCUUGAUGAUAAUUAUUGCCGUAAUCCUAAUGGCCGCACUAAGCCUUGGUGUUACACACUUGACCCCCAUACCCCUUGGGAAUAUUGUGACGUUAAAGAAUGUGUUCAUAACUGUGAUCAUGAUUUGGAGGUGACUACAGAAUGCUUCAAAGACCUUGGGGAGAGUUAUAGGGGAACUAUGAACACCACACCUUCAGGAAUCCCUUGCCAACGCUGGGAUGUUCAGUAUCCUCACCAUCAUAACUUCACCCCUGAGAACUAUAAGUGCAAGGACUUGGAUAAAAAUUACUGCAGGAAUCCUGAUGGAACAGAAGCCCCCUGGUGCUUCACUACAGAUCCAGAAAUUCGAGUAGCUUAUUGUUUUCAUAUCCCAAGAUGUGAGAAUAAAACUCCGAUUUCAGAAGAAUGUUACCAAGGGACCGGAACAUCCUAUAGAGGAACUAUAUCUAAAACUAGGACUGGCAUUCAUUGUGCACCCUGGGUAAAUUACAGCCAGGCAAUUUCAAGAAUCACCUUGAGCAUCAAUUCUGAAGGCCUAGCGGAGAAUUACUGUCGCAAUCCAGAUGCAGACAAACAUGGUCCCUGGUGUUACACAAAUGAUCCCCUCACUCCAUGGGACUAUUGUGCAAUUGAACCUUGUCACAAAACAUCUGAAUUAGCCUCGACAGUGCAAUUUCCAGGUGCUCAACCGUGUUCAAGUAGAAUACAGACCAGAAUAGUGAAUGGAUUUCGAGCAAAAGCCAAAACGUCCAGCUGGAUGGUUAGCCUGCAACACAGGGAUAUCCAUUUCUGUGGAGGAUCGUUAAUUGAAGAGAAUUGGGUUCUCACAGCCAAGCACUGUUUCUCCACGUGUAAGCCAGACUUGAGAGGAUAUGAAGCUGUGAUGGGAAUUAUCAAAGAUGAUAAAAGUGAAGAAGCUCAUAAGCAAGUAAGAGAGAUAUCGCAGCUUGUCUGUGGCCCAGAUGGAUCCAAUCUAGUGAUGCUGAAAUUGUCCAGGCCAGUAAAAUCGACAGGUUAUGUUCACUGGAUCAAACUGCCUCAGCCUGGAUGUGAAAUAAGGGAAGGCACCUUAUGUAAUAUAUCUGGAUGGGGAGAAACCAAAGGCACGGGUUAUGAAGGUGAGCUAAAGGUGGCUCAGAUCCCUAUAGUUGGAAAUAAGAAAUGCAAUGAAUACCAUCAAGGAAAAAUCCAAAUUAAUGAAUCUGAAAUCUGUGCAGGAGAUGAAAAGGGAACUGUUGGUACGUGUGAGAGAGAUUACGGUGGCCCCUUGGUCUGUGAAGAACACAACCAAAGCUUAUUGCAAGGUGUCAUCAUUCCUGGCCGAGGUUGUGCAAAACCAAGGCGUCCUGGUAUUUUUGUGAGGGUGUCAUACUACGUCACAUGGAUACACAAAGUCUGUAAGACAUACAAAAAACACAGCCGCACAGGAUGAAUGUGUCAACUGAAACUCUUAAUUGUCAAAGUCAUAAUUUAUCAACUGAAGACUUGUAUUGCUGCAGAUAACUAUCAACUCUAUUGAUAUUUUCCUUUUAAAAAUGAUUUAUCUUUUUGUUCAUUGUUUGACCAUUAUGUGUAUAUCUCUGAGUUCUGUAUGUAUCUUUUUUGGAGGGUUCCUGAGGUAACUUAAAAUGGACAACUGCAAUAAGGUAGAAAUAAGGAAACCAUCUAAACGUCAUGUUAACGUCUGUCUCACACUUGAAGUGCUUCUAUUUCUGAAUUUAAUUUUGAUGUUGGAAUAACUGCUUGUCCUGCUCUGAAGACAGACAUUCAGCACACGGUCCUUAAAACUUUAGUGCCUUUGUUUUAACUUUUGUUUUGACAAAUUUUCUUCCUGUACUUGAGGAUGUCGACCAAAAUCUUCAGCAUUAAAUCAGGCAAGUAAAGAACUAGGUUCUCUCUACAGUAAUAUCCCAUCUGUCUAUGGGUGAAACUUGGUCUGGGCUCAUUUAGGAGCGCUAGCUGUCCUAAUGUACAUAAUUUAAUGUAAUUUUUCUAAGCAUUCAAAUUUCUGUAGUGUAAAUAAUGUAACAGAUUGAAUUUAAAUCAUAAUUUUACAAUUUUAAAACUCUUGUUAAAGUAUGAAUGCUAAAAGUUUGUAUGUAUCCUCUGGAGCCUAAUACUUAAUCCAAGGACUAAAAUGGAUUUAAAGCUCAUUCAUAUCUCUGUCUUUUACAAAGAUUUUUACUUUAAUUUCCUCUCCUGUUAAGAAAAUCGAAUAGCUCACACCCAGGUGUUUUAUUCCUACCCUCAUGAUACAAUGCAAAUGUUGUUUGCAGCAACAUUUCUCGCAAACUGACAAUGGAGAAUUCUUUCUAUGAAAUUGGCCUGUUUAUUUUAUGUCACCCGUAGAAAGGCUUGCUUCUCCAUUUGCCGGUCAGAUUUGUACAUGUUUGGUUCUGAUUCUCCCAAGUUGAAUAAGAACAACAAUGAAUUUUUAACAUCUCAAAUUCUGCAUUCCAGAACUGCAAUAAGCAUGUUGUGCAGCAAUGGAGCUACAGCUAUUUUUGUGACAAUCUGUUGAGCCUUUUCCAUUGGGUGGCAUCUUUAUGUUACCAAUUCAGCUCAUCCGUUCUGUUCCUGUCACCUGCUGACCCUUGAUCUAACUGUGGUGGCACUUGGAGAACAUUGACUGCUAAUAGUCCUCCAGUAAAUAUCCUUAUAGCAAUCCUGUUCAAAAGCGUUAUGGAGCUGACCCUUCAAUGACACGUUAAAUUGUUUCAUAAUGUCUGCACUGACAAACUCUUUCGCUAGUUCAGCACAAGUUUAGAAAUAAGCAUUUGUGAAUAAUUCUUUCUGAUUUGGGUAAUUUGUUUUAGAGUAUCAGUCAGCGGUCCAGUUUUCCAUUUCCCUUAGCUAGGCUUUUUUUUUGAAAAUUUAACUGAUACAAUAAUUUCAGUUUUCUGGCUUUUAUUUGUUUUUUCUCUGAGCAGAGGAAAUAAGAAAAUAAAUCUUCUGAAAUACAAAAGUAUAGCUAUAAACAUUUGUUUUUUUUAAACCUUCCACCACACUGUCUACAUAGCUUAAAUGCUUCUGCAUAUUGAAAAAUUCAGACUGGGAUAAAAUACAGAAAUUAAUUAUUUUACUUGCCUGGAUUUCUCUUGCAAGAAAUAAGACAGAAAUUUAACUAGUAAUUAGAUGAAUAAUUUUGGAUUUUCUGUCUACAUUUGGUGCUAAUUUGGUCAAAGUCACAGCAAGAUGCCAAUUUAGGCCUUGCAACCAGAAAUUCCGAGAUUUAAAUCCCUGUACCAGGACAACUGGUGAUGUUCUAUAGUUGGCUCAAGUGGUACUGUUUUAAGAGGAACUAAUUAGAUUUUUCCAAUAUUCUGAAGAAGGGUCACUGGUCCCAAAACGUUAACUCUGUUUUCUUUUCUCUGAUGCUGCUAGACCACUGAGUGUUUCCAGCAAUUUCAGAUGUUGUUUCCAAUAUUUCAGUUAUCCCACUUGGAAAAUGCAUCCAGCUGAAGUAAAGGGAACACCCAUGAAACCAAUUUCUCAGCAUUAGUCAGUGCCAUCAGGAGAGGAGACAAUAGAGUUGAGGAGAAGGGAUAAAAGAAUGAUUAGCAUGUUUAUUGAGGUCAUGUUAUGUAUUUUCAACAGACAUGUUGCUAAAUAAUCUUUCCAGUUGUGUGUUCUGCUCUACUGUUUGCUGCUUUUAUAAAACAUAUGCCCAAGUUUAAAACCUGUGGUUUUUCAUAUACAUGUAUUGAUGCAAAUAGGGAAACACUGAAAGUCAACCUGGGAUUACUUAUCCAUUUUAUCCUCAAACUACAGUUUUUUUUGUCCCCCCCCAGGAGGACUUUUGACCCGGUACUUUCUUUUAUACUGAACAGUAGUAUAAUACUGAGCCAGCAUCUGGGUAUUGUUGCAAUGUUGGCACUAAAGCUGAUAUAAAUUCACAAUUUUUUUGGCAAAUGCAGUGCAUGUCGGACUAGACACUGUGGGUAUUAUCUUUUAAUUUGUGUUUUAUGGAUUUAAUUUGUUUCUUGGGUGUUUUAGUGAUCUGAAAACUGUCUAUACUUUGAAACUACUUUGGUAUUUUUAGCACCAAGAAUUAUUGAAUUUAAGGCACAACUGCGUAUGCAAUUGUCUAAAAGCAAAUCAAAUUGUAUUUGCUAUCAAAUAUACAGGUGGCAUAAUUGCAAAGAUUUUUCUCAUGCUUACAAUGGUGAUAAUAGUUUGUGAUGAUUUUUAAGUUCCAGACAUUGCCCAGAUCAACAUAACUUUGUAAAGUUUUCAACUUUGCCCAAAAAAUUGAAAUAUUAUCAAAGGAUAAAGCAAAGAACUGGUUUCUUUUUCUGGAAAAUACAUUGAAGGGGUUUGUAAUGUGAAAUAAAACAUUGGACUUUGUUUUCUCUUCCCAUCCCUUCCUUCUUGUCAGUUUCAAAGAGAAAAGAACAUAUUUAGAGGCUAACAGCUAUAGUGAGGAAUCUAAUGGUAUAACUGUAGUACAAGUGCAGCAGCUGGUUUGAAGUGGUUUCAUUUGAAAGUACUUUUAAGGUCUGAUGCUUGUCUAAUCAUAAGAAUACUAUUUGUGAUCCCAAAAAAGUAUUCCUGAUGGGGAAGCUUCCCACAGGGAGCACAGUUAUAAAAAGUGGGUGAAUACUGUAAAUAGAAUAAAUCCUUGAGGGAAUCUCCUCAUUAGUCAAAGUGGGCUUUCACAUCAGAUUUGUGUUAUGGAAAUUUGCUGUUGUGAAAUAGAAAAUACUAAACUUUAGUGUGGUUUGACUGGAUAAGUGCAUGCACCUCCCAGAAUGUAAUGUUGCUGAAGGAUGGGAUCGGAAUAAAUAAACUGGAUCUUUUACAACUACAUCUGGCUCAAACCAUGGCCUAAAAUCCAGUUUAUGGUUAGUUUUAAAAAUAUUUUUUAAUUUAAAAAGGGCUGUUGCUGUGUUUGAACUAAAAUACACUUAUAAAUGAAUUGUGGAAAUAAAGUAAUUUUGGAAAUAAAGUUGCUUGUGAUAUACUUUACGUUACAUUAUUUAUAAGCAGCUGUAAUGCAUAGGGACACUUUUUUUUGAGUGUUUUGAAACUGGUGUUGCACACUUUUUGUAAACAACUCUUGACUUGUUAAAUAGUGUUUGUUGCAUACUUUACAGGUGUUUAAAUACAAUUCAUCUUCUGUUGAGCAGGAGAGACUUAACCAUUUAUUCAAGGGAUGGGUUUGUACUACAUCACUUCACAUGCUAUUUUGAGCUG